AAUGAAUAGAUACGGUGAGAGAGACAGAGAAAGGUCUUCCUUCCAUUGGUUCACUCCCCAAAUGGCUGCCACGGCCGGCACUGCACCUAUCCGAAGCCAGGAGCCAGGUGCUUCCUCCUGGUCUCCCAUGCCGGGCAGGGGCCCAAGCACUUGGACCAUCCUCCACUGCCCUCUGGGGCCACAGCAGAGAGGGUGACUGGAAGAACAGCAACUGGAACUAGAACCUGGCGCCCAUAUGAGAUGCUGGCGCCACAGGCGGAGGAUUAACCAAGUGAGCCACGGCGCCGGCCCCUGGUUCUGUUUCAAUCCAAAGAAGGCAGGUGGGUAGUAGUUUUGUGGUCCUGGGCUUUUCUUGGUGGGGAAGUUUUUAAACACAAAUUCAGUCUUGUUAAUGGAUGUAGGACUAUCCAGUUACCUAUUUCUAUUUGAGUGAGCCAAAUUUAUUGGCCUAAAGUUGUUCAUAAUAUUCUUUUAUUUUUUUCAUAUCUGCAGAUAUUCUUUGGUAGUAUUCCUGGUACUAUAAUUUGUGUGUUCUCUCUUUUCUUCACUAACCUUUUUAGAGGCUUAUAAAAUUUAUUUACCUUCUCAAAGAACCAGGUUUUGCUUUGUUUUCUCUGUUGCUGUGUUUUUUCUUUCUUCUGACACUGUUUCCUGUCUUCUGUUUGCUUGGGUUUCAUUUGCUCUUUCGUUUCCUAAGGUGGAAAGUUGUUGUCUUGAUUUGAAGAUUUUCUUUUUUUCCCCUGCAGACAUUGAUUACUAUAAAGUUCUGCUGAGUACUACUUUAUUGGCAUACCAUACAUUUUGAUGUGUGUGUUUUUCAUUCCAAAUACUUCCUAAUUUUCCUUUUGACUUUUUUUUUUUUGGGGGGGGGGGGGUCCUGUGAGUUAUUUAAAAGUGUAUUAGUUUCUAAAUACUUGAGCGAUUUCCAGAGCUCUUUAUGUUACUGAUUUCUAGUUUAAUUUCAUCAUGCUUAGAAGGCAUACUUCACACAACUUGUGCCCUCUUAAAUUUCCUGAAGGGCAGGUGUUUGGCACACUGAUUAUGUUGCCACUCAGGUCGUCUGCCUGCCAUAUUGGAGAGCCUGGGUUUGAAUCCUGGUGUCAAGCCCAGUUCCAGCUGCCUGUUACCCUGGGAACAGCAGUUGAUGGCUGAAGCAGUUGGGUCCCUGCCGUCUCCGUGAGAGAACCUGGAUGGACUUCCCAGCUCCUGGGUUCAGCCUGGCCCUGCCCCAAUCUUAUGGACAUUUGGGGAGUGAAAAAAUGGAUGAAGGGGCAUUUCUGUCUUCAUCUCUGCUUUCAAAUAAAUUUUAGAAGUUUGAGACUCAUUCUGGGCUCAGACUAAGGGUCAAUCUUGAUAUCUGUGUGCAGUAUUUUUUUUUUAAAAAAAAUAACAAUUAUUUGAAAGGCAGAGUUGCAGAGAGAUCUUCCACCUGCUGGUUCACUCCCCAAAUAGCCACAAUGACAAGGGCGGGACAGGGUCAAAGUCAGGAGCUUCAUCUGGAUCCCAAGGACUUGGGCCAUUUUUCUUUGCUUUUCCCACACACAUUAGCAAGGAGCUAGAACAGAAGUGGGACAGCUGGGACUUGAACUGGUUGCCCAUAUGGGAUACUGGUGUUGCAGUUGGCAGCUUUACCUGCUGUGCCAUAGCACUGGCCCCUCUGUGUACAAUUUGAAACAAUGUUAUUUUGCUGUUGUGGGGGGGGGGGGCUUGUUUGUAAAAGUUAGAUCCCAUCAGUUGAGAGUGGUGGUCACAUGUUCCUGUCCUCAAAUAUUUUUUGUCUACUUAAUCUUUCAGCUGUUGAGAGAGAUAUUAGAAUCUGUUGACUGUAUUUGUGGAUUUAUUUCUCCUCAAAGUUCUGAUAGUUUUGUGUACUUUUUAAAUUGACUAAGUGUUAUCAAUGUUUAAGAGUGUGGUCUCUUGAGAAAUUUACCUCUAGCAUUUUGAAAUGACCUUGUUUUAAAAUUUAUUUUCAUUUAAAGAGUUAAGAGAUAGAUUUUUUUUUUAAAGAUGUAUUUAUUUAUUUGAAAGUCAGAGUUACAUAGAGAGAGGUCUUCCAUUCGCUGGUUCACUCCCCAAAUGGCCGUAGUGGCUGCAAUGGCCAGAGCUACGCCAAGCUGAAGCCAGGAGCCAGGAGCUUCCUCUGGGUCUCUCACACAGGUGCAGAGGCCCAAGGACUUGGGCCAUCUUCCACUGCUUUCCCAGGCCAUAGCAGAGGGCUGGAUUGGAAGUGGAGCAGCUGGGACUUGAACAGAUGCCCAUAUGGGAUACCGGCGCUGCAGGUGGUGGCUUUGCCCACUAUGCCACGGCGCCGGCUCUGAGAUAGAUCUUUGAUCUGCUAGUUCACUCCCUAUAUGCCUAGAACAGCCAGACCUGGGCCAGGCCAAAUCCCAGAGCUAGGAACACCAUCUGAGUCUCCGACAUGGGUGGCAGGGACCCAACUACUUGAGCCAUUACCGCUGCCUCCCUGGGUGUGCCUCAGCAGGAAGGUGGAUCAGACGUGGAGGAGCUGGGAUUCAAAAUAGCCUACAGGCUGGUGUAGGCUGUCAGUGUCCCAGGUGACGACUUAACCACAUGUCACACCUGCCCCAAAAGUUACUUUCUCACUCUAAGGAUUGCACUGUAAACCUUUUAAAACUUAUUUGAAAGGCAGAGUGAAAGAGAGAGAGGGAGAGAUAGAGAAUGCUAAAGGUCAUCCAUCUGCUGGUUCACUCCCCAGAUAGUCUCACUGGCUGGGGCUGGGCCCAGGUGCUUAUUAGGCCAUCUUCUGCUGCCUUCCCAGCCCCAUUAGCAGGGAGGAAGUGAAGGAGCUGGGACUUGAGCUGAUGCGGGAUGCUGGCAUUGCAAGGGGUGGCUUAACCCACUGUGCCACAGUGCCAGCCCCUAUACUAUAAUUCUUAACACAGUUUACAUAAGUUUUUCCUGACUACAUUGGGUAAAAUAUAGCAACUUUGUUUUCGUGUAGCUCCAUUUUCCUUUGCACUAGUAUUGGGGUUUUUUUGUUUGUUUGUUUUAAACAUUUUUAUUUAUUUCAGAUAUAGAGUUACAAAGAGAGGGCUAGAAAGAUUUAUUUUAUUUAUUUGAGAGGCAGUUUCAGACAGAGGUCUUCCAUCUGCUCAUUCACUCCCCAAAUGGUUGUAACGGCUGAAGCUGGGCUGAUCUGGAGCCAGGAGCCAGGAGCUGCUUCUGGGUCUCCCAUGAAGAUGCAGGGGCCCAAGGACUUGGGCCAUCUUCUACUGCUUUCCCAGGCCAUAGCAGAGAGCUGGAUCAGAAGUGGAGCAGCCAGGACACAAAACAGUGCCCAUAUGAGAUGCCAGUGCUACAAGCAGAGGCUUAGCCUACUAUGCCACAGUGCUGGCCCCUCUAUUAUUGUUAUGCCAUUUACAUUUAUUUGAUUAUAACCCCAAGAAUGUGUUUUUAUAAUUACUUUAGAAUGGUGUUUUAUAUAGCUUUUAAAAAUUAAAAGAGAAUGGGGCCAGUGCUGUGGCAUAGCAGGUAAAGCCACUGCUUGUACUGCCAGCAUCCCAUAUGGGUGCCAGUUCGAGUCCUGGCUGCUCCACUUCUGAUCCAGCUCUCUGCUGUGGUCUGGGAAAGCAGUAGAUUAUGGCCCAAGUGCUUGGGCCCCUGCACCCUCAUGGGAGACCUGGAAGAAGCUCCUGGCUCCUGGCUUCAGAUCCGCGCAGCUGUUGGCAACCAUCUGGGGAGCGAACCAGUGGAUGGAAGAGCGCUGCCUCUCUGCCUCUCCUUCUCUCUCUGUAUAACUCUGACUUUCAAAAUAAAUAAAUCUUUAUAAAAAAAUUAAAAUUAGAAGAAGAAUUGAGAGCAGCUUUAGGCAAGGAGGGCCUCAGGCUCCACUGUUUACCUGAAGUCUUAGCCGCUUUUCCUGAGUCGUGCUUAUUAAUGUGCUGACCUUUGGUUGGUUUUAGUGCCCCCAAUGGUUGUUUGUGGCAAUAUUGUCUAGCCUAUUUAUGUCUUUAUUUAUGUGACAAAGAAAUAAGUGAGCUCUCCUCUGCUGGUUCACUCCCCAAAUGCCUGCAACAACUGAGGCUGGGCCAGGCCCAAGCUGGGAGCAGGGAACUCCAUCCAUGUUUUCCACAUGGGUGGCAGGGACCCAGUUACUUGAGCCAUCAUUAUGGCUACCCCGCAUUAACAGGAUGCUGGAAUUGGCAGCAGGAGCCAAGAAUUGAACCCAGGUAUUCUGAUGUGGGAUGUGGGCAUCCUAGGCAGCAUCUUAACUACCAAGCGGAAAACCUGCCCCUCCCUGCCCUCUGACUAUGCAGAAACAAAGGUGCCUUUGUCCCUCCAGAAUUGUGUGGCCUGGGGCAUUGGAGUCACUAGACUAAGAACUAGUGGACGAUAAAAAUAGCUCAGCCCUUCACAGCUUCCUUUGUAUUAAAAGACUGAAGACAAAGGGAGAAAAGGAAGUUCUCCUGGUUAAUUGUAUGAAAUGCUUGGUGCAGGGCUUGCCACCGCCUUACCUAGGCAUGAGACUGGCACCUUUGUCAGCCACGCUCCCUGUGGCUGCUGACACCUGUGGUUCCAGCCUGCAGGCUGGGUGGCUUCUGCACCUGACCUAGAGAUUGCCCCAGAGGCUCAGGCUCUCCUGAUCCUUCUUGGUCUCUGUGUCCCCCUAGCACCUGGUCCCUCUCCCCGUGGGUGGCUGAGGUUGAGGAGGUUGAUUCCUGUUGAUAGCCCCCCCCCCCCCAAAGAGUUCAGUGUCUUUUAGGAGAAACAUGGCAGAAAGCCACGCCUGCCCCAUCCUUCCUCCCCUGUUUCCCCCUCCCAUCUUCCUUGCGCCUCCCUUCAUGGUCAGCGUCAGGGCUGGGGCAGGCUGGAAUGAGAGCCAUUAGGGAGAGCUGGGAGUUGUGCCAGUAGAGAGAACGCAUUAGGAGUUCCUGAUGGUCACAGCAAAGCUGAGUUGGUUUGUUUCCUCUUCUAUAACUGGAGCCUUAGGUCACAGCAAUGACUUGCCAGAGCCAUGAAAGAAAAAAGGUGCAGGCAGCAGAUAAGGGUUUUGACCUGAAUCAGAUCUAGGUUGAAAGUCUCCGUCUUUGCAUUUUCCAUUGUCACUGGGCAUGGGAAGUCUGUUUUCAGAAAGGUCUUAUUGUGUCCAAGUAUCACUGUGCUCAGGGGUUAAGAAUACUUGACAAAGGGGCAAAAGAAUGGCCCAUUUUGUAGUCCCACCCAGGCCUUGCAUGGACAGCGCGUGCUCCCAAGUUCUCCGCAGUGAAGCCAGGGAGAUGGUGUCUUGUCAUUCUCUGGCCUGCUCACAAGAUCUCCAUGCAGGAGUUCUGGCGCUCAGGCAAGAGCUGUGCGGUCCACCCGGGGUCGAAGGGCACGUGCUGCAGGCUCUUCUCUCCCAGGCCUGUGUUCCUCACCACUCACAGCUGGGUUAGACGAUGGCUUCUUGGUCACAAGCAGUGAGAGAACCGUUUCCUGUUUUCAGGGAAUUCCUAGCAAUGCCAAACACAGCAGCUGGGAAACAAACUUCCCGGAAUCACUGUGCAGUCCCUGCAUUCCGUUUAAACAUGAUUUUGACAGCCACCAUUUAAAUGUCUAUUUCCAGAAAUGUCAGGCCAGUAUAUUUUUAAAAAUUAAUUGCUCAGUACCAUUAGCAUAAAUUUGUUUCAUCAGCUUUUUGUAGGGGGUAGAUGAUGUUACGGUUGCAGAGGGGACGGCGGUUGCAGGAGAGAAUCUCAUGGGUUCUUUUCCUUGGCUUAGUAUAGAAAUAAAAAGCCGGGCAACAGUUUGCAAAGAGGCAGAAACUUUUAUUUGACAGAAAAGAAACUUAUUUGAUUGGCAAGCGAGAGGAGAGCAGGCGGGGUGCCCUAGUGGGACUGGCUUUGAGGAAGUGUCCCGGGUUUUUAAGGCAUUACUGUUUUUUUCGCUGGGUCAGUCUGUAGGGGUGCCCAUUGGAUGGGGGUUUCACAUUCUGUGUGUUGAUUGGCUCAUGGAGAUGGGUUGAGGGUCUCCUGGAGAUGGCCCCCUCCUGUGCUAGCUCUGGGUGAGAUUGCAGCCACCCAGGAGGUGCGAUUUAAAGCCUCAAGGUCACACAUGCAGCACAAGAAGCUAUUAGUGGGGCAGAUGCUGACCGGUCUGGAGACAGGCUUUCCAGCCACAGCUAGCAACCUGCUUACGAAGGACAUGCUGCCUAUGGCCCACAGACCCACCCAGCCCCACUGGACGGCCUCAGAUCCAACGACUCUGUCAAGGUAUUUUUUUUCCCCUUGUCUGACACACACUAGAUUUUCCUUACCCCAGUGAAGGAGUAAGAGAAUGACUGACAGCGCCCGUUCCUAGUGCCGGUUUCCACUUUCUUCACUGUGAGCACCUUUCAGAGCAACCCCCAGGGCCUGCUGCCUGGUGGGGGCGUGGUCUGUGCGCAGAGGUGGCGGUGGCCCAGAUGUACCUGUGUGGCAGACCAGCAGAGGGUCUCUGCGCUACAGCUGCCUGUCUGCCCAUCUGCACACAGUUCUGUCCCUUUCCGCUGCCUUCUGUCUCCGUUUUAUUCCCUCUGCUAACAGAGAAAACCUUCGUGGGGGCGGGGCCUUGAUGGCCAUUGUCCUUGCUUAGCUUCAAAAUCAUUGUCUCAGGAUGCAUUUCCAUAGAUAAGUCCCAAGAGUGUUGAAUCAGCACCCCAAAGUCCGCUCUCACAAGGUGAGGCAGUGGGAUCUGAGGUGGCCCCCAUUUCCCAGGUGAGGCUGCUGUGCCUUGGGACCAUGCUGUUGGGGCUCCGUGCUCCGGGCCCCAGGCCCCAGGCCCCUCCUGCACUGUCCUGCCUCCCUGGCUGUGUCCUGGGCCCUGCAGUAAGUUUCCAUAAGUAGGUAUUUCUAUUGUGAGUAAUGCUGAGAAAUGGAAGGGAAAUCAGAUAAGUAACAUUUGCAAGAUCUGCUUAAUUAUUUUGCUAAAAGUAGCAUCAUUAAAUUGUCUGGGUCAGACCAUCUUCAUAUGUCAUCCCCAGUAGAGCACACAGCCCUCUGCUUCCUCACAUCACGCGAAAUCGUUUUAUUCUUGUGCCUUGCAGUCUCUGGAUGGGAUGCCAGCGUAGCGAGACCUCUGCGGAAGAGUCCAGGUUUGGCGGGUUGAUUUCAUUAUCCAUGUGAUAGCUCUGGAUUCUCAACAAACGAGUUUAGCCUGAGGUCAUUACGGCCUUUGAGGGUGAGGGUGACCUCUGCAUUUGUGGAACCAGGUUAUUUGUAAAGCCGCCCCCCUGCUGCCUCAUGGUAAAUCCCUGUGAGAAGGAACUAAGCCCUAGACACUAGGGAAAGAAAAACCACUUUCCUUGCCCAAUGGAUUCUUUAGAUGCAGGAGAAAGGAGGCUGGUCUGGGUGUCUGCAGACACCACCCAAAACGCAGUAGCUUAAAAAUGAUGACAUCUCUGUAGCUCAUGAAUCUGCAGCUUACGUAGGGCUGGGCAGGGCCUGGGGGCCAUCCUCGUCUCUGCUCCUCUCAGCCCCCUUCGAGGCAGCUUGGAGCUGGUUGACCAGGGUCGAUGAUGGCUCCCUGGGCCUGCAGUGAGAACACCUACAGACAGCCUGUCUCAGACGUGGCCUAGGCUUUCUCAGAGCAGGGUGGCCAUGUUUCCAGGGUGGGUGUGCUGCAGCCAAGAUGACAGUUAGGCUGCCCACCUCCCACACUGGCUCUGCUCCUGAUUUCAGCUUCCUGCUAGUCAGACCCUGGGAGACAGCAGGUGAUAGAUCAAGUAGUUGGGUCCCCACCACCCACCUGGGAGAUCUAGAUCACAUUCCCAGCUCCUGGCUUUGGCCCACCCAGUCCUGGCUGUUGUAGGCAUUUGGGAAGUGGACCAGCCAAUGGGAGCUCUAUCUGUCUCCUAACUAAUAACAACAUAAAUAAAAGUAGACAUAUAACUGGCACAUAUAAUAAACUACAUGUAUUUAGAGAUCACAGUGAUAACUCAGGACAUACGCACCCCUGUGAAACUCAGGACCGCUUCUGAGGGCCACCAGAUCAUCACCACCCCCGUAUGCUGCCCUCAUCCACAGGCAACCAUCUGUCAGCUGUCGUUGCGAUUGUUCAUACUUUCUAUAAUCUCAUACACGUGGAGUCAUGGGUGUACGAGGGUGGAGUUCUGGUUCCUUUCUCUUAGCAUAAUUAUUUUGAGUGAUCAUGUCGUGCGUAUCACUCAUUGAUUUUUUUUCCUGAAUAUCAGUCCAUUGUGUGAAAUCACCACGAUCUGUUUAGUCAUUCAGCUGUGGGCAGACACUGGGUUUUUCCAGUUACUGCUUCCUGUAAGUAAAGCUCCCGUAAAGGUUGACGAGCGAGUGUCAUCACCAGGGAGAGGUCCCAGCGGCAUCUUAGUGACUUUGAGCUGCCGUGGCAGAGUGGCUUAUAAAUGACAGGAAUGUGCUUCUCACAGUCAGGUUGUUGUGAGGGCCAUCUGCCAGGUGUACCCACCCGUGGCAGAGGAAGAGCUGUGGAGGUCCCCUCUUACGGGCGUUGAUCCUGUUCAUGCCCUGAUUACUUCCAGAGGUCCCAGGCACUCACAUGGCCAUGCAGAGGGUGAGGGUUUCACCAUAAGAAUUUUGGCCCACAGGAGCAUCCCAUCUGUUGAAAUGGACAUCUGAGAAGUGGGAUGGCUCGAUCAUGUGGCAGGUGUAGGUGUGACAUUUUAAGAAGCUACUGGGGCCAGUGCUAUGGUGUAGUGGGUAAAGCCGCCACCUGCAGUGCCAGCACCCCAUAUUGGCGCCAGUUGGAGUCCUGGCUGCUCCACUUCCGAUCCAGCUCUCUACUAUGGCCUGGGAAAGCAGUAGAGGAUGGUCCAAGUCCUUGGGCCCCUGCACCUGUGUGGGAGACAUGAGGAGGCUCCUGGUUCCUGGCUUUGGAUCAGCACAGCUCUGGCUGUUGCCAGAAGACCGACCUCUCUCUCUCUCUCUCUCUCUCUCUCUCUCUCCCCCCUUCUCUCUCUGUAUAACUCUUUCAAAUAAAUAAAAAUCUUUAUAAAAAGAAAAAAAGAAGAAGCUGCUGCUGACCAGUCUUCUAAGUGGCUAUACCAUCUGCCUCCCCACCCACGGUGUGUGGGCACUCAGUUCCUUCACUUCCUUGCCGAGACUGCAUGCCCGCCCUCUGGCUAUUCACAAGGUAGUAGUGGUUCCUCUUCAUGGUUUCAGUUCUGUACUUGCCUGAUAGGUCCUGCUGCUGCGCAUCAUCUGUGUUUGGUUGCCCUGUGUGUCUUUGGGCAAAGUGUCUAUUCAGCUCUUUUGCCCAUUUUCUUUUUAUUGUGUUCUUUUUUCCCCCCUCCUGGAUUGAACUCCUUUAUGAAAUACAUGCAAAUGUUUCUUUCCAGUCUGUGACUUAUCUUUUCUCACAGAGUCUUCAUCAGCAUCCCAUUUAUAAACGUAUUUUUUCUUUUAUGGUACAGUGCAUGCUUUUGGUGUUUAUAUAUUAAAGAAAUGUAGGGGUGCGCGUAGGUGCAGCAGUUAAGUCACUGCUUGCAAUGCCUGCAUCCCAUGUCAGAGUUCCUGGGUUUGAGUCCCAGCUCCACUUCCAAUCUAGCUUCCUGCUGAUGCACACCCUGGGAGGCAGCAGGUGAUACCCAAGUACUAGGGUUCAUGCCAGCCUUGUGGGAGACCUGGAUUGAGUUCUAGGUUCCUGGCUUUGGGCUGGCCCAACUCUGGCUGUUGCAGGCAUUUGGGGAGUGAACCAGCAAGUGAGAUCUGUCUGUCUGUCUCUGUCUUCCAGAUCAAUGAAGUGAAAUAAAAAGGAGAUGUUUGACUAAGUUAAGAUGGCAAAGCGUUUUCUCGUAUUUUUCUUCUGUAAGUUUUAGACACUUAGGUCUAUGAAAUGUAAAGUGUUUUUCCAUGUAAUGGAGUUCAUUUCUAUGUGUGGUGUGAAGUAUGGAUGAAAGGGACCUUUGUGGCCUGUGGACCCCUACUUAGGUUUCAGAGAGGUGACAGAGUAAGGAUUUAAGAACAGCUUGAAGAUAGUAUGGUUGCAGUAAGGCCUGCAAGGUGCACGUAGCAGCAGAGAGGGACCAACGGGGCAGGAAGAAGGUGUGUCUUCUCUAGAGUAAGGUCCUGUUUAUCAGGGACGGCCGGCCGUGGCUGCUCCAGGAAGGAAAACAGAUUAGGAAGUGUUUUGUGGGGCUGCAGAUGCAUGGGUCUCUGCAGCCCUGGGGCUAAACGUGCUGCACCUUUCAUCUCAGCUCUUUUGAGAGGAAAUUAGAUGCCAAGAAAAUACAGUCUGUGGGUCUUGUUGGGCUUGGUCUUAAACCUUACAUUGCCAGGAGGGCAAGAGCCACCCUUGGCCUUGUGCCAAUGACAGAGCAAGGCCUUGGCCCUCCAGGCCCCCGUGAGGGGACAUUCUUGGCCGUGGGUCUCCAGGAUGCCUCUCAACCUGUGAAGGCUUUCCUCUUCUUUGUUCUAUAUCAGUUAUGAAACAUAUUUAUAAUGCUUACUGUGUACAUCCAAAGGAGUCUAUAUACAGUGAGGAACAGAGUGCAGGCUAGAACGUGACCUUUUUCCCGAGGGGACUUUCCAGAUCACUUCUGAAACAUGGCAUAUCCAGGUCUUCUAAAAUUAUGCUUUCCCUGGGCUUCAUUUAACCUUGCUCUGACUCAGGUUUGUAGUUAUAAGCGCUCAUUUGCUGCAUUUCAGAGAAACCCAGGUUUGUGUGGCAUCUCUCCUUCCACCCCCGUGUUCCUCCUGUGACCCUCACCCCUCUGCCUUGCUGCCUCCCUGUGUGUUUGGUGCCAAGAAGAAAGCAAGGAGAGCUGAGGACAACACUUAUGUAAAAUAAAACCAGAAACACUAUGGGAUCAGGAGUAAGGUACCACACGCAGGGCCCUGGGGACAGCUCCCUUGGUCACGUUGUCCCAGUGGUGGUAUCGUCUUCUGUGUGGUCCAAAGUGAAUGUGCUGUGGCUUCCCCUACUCAUUUAUUGCUCUACAGGAAAGGCAGGUAAAUAAACCAUCAAGCUUGGGCUCCAAGGGAGGUACGAGAGGCGGCACCACACGUGUGUUCCUUUUAUAGAUGUCUUGCCAUUUCCCUCUGCCAAAAUGGUACCUGGUAGGUGUAGAAACCGAUGCACGGGCAGAUCUGAAAGAUCACUUCAGUUCCUGCCGUAAGCCAUGCAGUAAGUUCAUCGUAAGGUGAGCACGCUGUAUCAAGCAUCUCUCCUGAGACCGUUUCCUUCCCAAGUUCCUGCCAGACCACAGGGCAUUUCUCAUCCAUGCUGCCUGUGCUUGGAUGGCCUGGGUGGUGCUGUGUGAGACUCAGUGCAUCACCUGUGACCUCAGGAAGACCCCCUUCCUUUCUCCGUGCACCCAUCAGAGGUCCUGGGUGUGAGGCGGGCAGGUGGGCUACCUCUGAGCCAGGCCCCAGAGAACGUGACGCCUCCAGAGUGUGCCUGGGGUUUCACUGUCUGUGCGGUGCCCUGGAUCUGUGUGCCCUCUGUUGAAUUAGUAGUGUGCUGUGUGCAUAAAGUGUGUUUCACAGAUAUUAGUAUUUGGAUGAAUCCAAAUACAUCUGUGCUGUCUGUCAUGGUUGAUGAAGUGUCUAGCACCUCUCAUUUCCUUCCUUCCUUCCUUCCUUCCUUCCUUCCUUCCUUCCUUCCUUCCUUCCUUCCUUCCAUUCAUACAUUCAUACAUUCAUACAUUCAUACAUUCAUACAUUCAUACAUUCAUUUAUUUGAAAGAGUUACAGAGAGUGGUAGAGACACACAGAGAGGCCUUCCAUCCUCUGGUUCACUCCCUGAAUGGCUGCAACGUCCAGAGCUGAGCCAGUCUGAAGCUUGGAGGCAGGAGAUUCUUCCGGGUCUCCCAUAUGGGGGCCCAAGGGCUUGGGCCAUCCUCUGCUGCUUUCCCAGGUGCAUUAGCUGGGAGCUAAUGGAGCUAGUGGAGCAGCCAGGACUAGAACCGCUGCCCAUAUGGGAUGGUGGCCCUGCAGGCUGGGGCUUUAAUCCUCUGUGCCACAGAGCCGGCCCAGCAGCUCCCAUUUUCAGACAUGAAGUUGUUUGAUUUUCUUCAAACUCAGUCUCUAUACGGAGGCUCUCGGAUUCUUUGGACAUGGUUUCUGGGUCCUUUUCUACCUGUCUUCCUAGUAUUCUUACAGAACAUUGUUCAGCAGACCUUUGGUGAGGGCAGGUUUUCUGUGCAGCGUUGGGUCGGGACUCAGCCCCGCCUUGAGCCUGAGGGAGAAGCAGAGUGCUUGGGUGACGCACUGUGGAGACCCCAGGACACACGUUUGUGUGGCUACUCACAGGGCCCUCAUCUUCAUCCCUGACCGAGGGCAGCGUCUCCUUCAGGGGCACCGACCAGAGAAGGAGGGGUUCAGGAGCCGACACCGCUGCCGUCUUCUGGUACCCGGGGGGUGCAGUCUUGUUAGUUAGAAGGUGGAAUAGACAGGCUCCCAGGGAGAAGCACAGGGGAGGCAGGAGAAGAGGGUAGGACGGGCGUGGCUCAGCCAGAGGAGCCGUCCCACCGCCUUGCAGUAGUCUCGGCACAGCACCCUGCACGUUGUGCAUCUCGCAGAGGAGAAGCGUUAGUAAAACUGUGCCCUUAGCCGGCGCCGCGGCUCACUAGGCUAAUCCUCCGCCUAGCGGCGCCGGCACACCGGGUUCUAGUCCCGGUUGGGGUGCCGGAUUCUGUCCCGGUUGCCCCUCUUCCAGGCCAGCUCUCUGCUGUGGCCAGGGAGUGCAGUGGAGGAUGGCCCAAGUGCUUGGGCCCUGCACCCCAUGGGAGACCAGGAAAAGCACCUGGCUCCUGGCUCCUUCCAUCGGAUCAGCACGGUGCACCGGCCGCAGCGCGCCGGCCGCGGCGGCCAUUGGAGGAUGAACCAACGGCAAAGGAAGACCUUUCUCUCUGUCUCUCUCUCUCACUGUCCACUCUGCCUGUCAAAAAAAAAAAAAUUUUUUUAAAAAAUAAAUAAAA